GGGGGAGGGGGGGAUGUUGAGUGGUCUUCGUGCUACCGCCGGUUUAAACGGGAAGCCAGUUCCUUCGCGUCGCGGUAACGUAGGCCGGAAGUAAAUACUCCUGCGUCGGAGAGCGAGCUGCCAGCUGCUGGUUGUUAAGAGCCACUUCCCUGCGGCCCAUGGCCGAAGGGGAAGCCGCCCCGGUAGCGGGGCCCGCCGCGGCGUCUAGCCAAGGGAACGAGAAAGCGGGAGAAGCGAGCGAUGCCGGCGUGGACUGGGUAGAAAAGUUGCGCGACGAGUGUGAGCCCGAGCAGCACUGGCAGUACCGGCGGGAGUUCCUGAUUCGCAAUGCGGAGGGCCUGUCCGUGACCCGAAAGGACGACGCCGACCGCGCGGAGCUCCGUCGCCUGGUCUCUUUCUCCAGGGUGUGGGCCAACCACAUCUUCCUGGGUUGUCGAUAUUCUCCGCAAGUGAUGGAAAAGGUGAUGGACAUGGCUGUAGGCAUUACAGUGACCAAUGCUCCAACCCACACUCUGAGAGAUGAACUGGUUGCCAAGGUGAAACGAGGCAUAUCCAGUAGCAAUGAAGGUCCUUGCAAGAAGCAGGCUAUUGGUGCUGACAAACCGCUUGAAGUUAAUAAUGAAAAGUCCACAAAGGCAGAGCUGAGGGUGGAAACAGAUAAGGAAUCUCUAAAGAACUUAGAAAAAGAUAUAUCAAAAACCCCAGAGAAGACUCAGUCUUUGCCUACAGCAGCUUCAGCCUUGACCCAAAAAGUAGAACCUACAACAGCUUCAACCGUAUCUCAGAAGACAAAAUCUGCUUUAGCUUCAAAAUUGACUCCCAAUGUAACGCCUGCAGCAGCUUCAACUGUGACUCAGAAGACUGCUCCUGCAGCAUCUUUAACUGGAGGAAGAAUAGAAAGCAAAGCUUCUAAUUAUGAAUCUACACCAGCUAAUAAGCACAAAUCUGAAAAUGUCUUACAAUCUGAAAAGAAAGUUGGCUUGGAAAGUACAACAGUAUUAGCUUCAAAAAGUAGUACACCUACAAGCGUAGCCCCUAUUAAAGUGCCCUGCAAAUUGUUGACACAUGAAGAUGCAAAAGAAAGACAACCAUUUUUCAAUAGACUCUACAAAGCUGUUGCUUGGAAGUUAGUUGCUGCUGGAGGAUUUAGUCCAAGUGUCAACCAUGUAGAACUCUUAAACUCAUCCAUUCAGUCUGUAAAGGCAACAUUAGAUGUUGAAUUUGUUCCACUGAAAGAGCUUGCAGAUUUACCUCAAAAUAAAAGCUCUCAGGAAAGUAUAGUUUGUGAACUGAGAUGCAAAUCUGUGUAUUUGGGUACUGGCUGCGGGAAAAGUAAGGAAAAUGCCAAAGCAGUUGCUUCAAGAGAAGCACUGAAACUAUUUCUCAAGAAGAAAGUUAUUGUGAAAUUAUGUAAAAGGAAAUACAAAGGAAGAGAAAUUGAAGAUUUGGUGCUUCUUGAUGAAGAAUCCAAACCAUUAAAUUUACCUCCUGCUCUACGAAAUCCUCAAGAAAUAUUGCAUAACAGCGAAUCUGUUACGGCCUAUACUAGCAAAUGAUGUUUUAUCACAAAUCAAUUAGUUAUCUUUGUACAGUAAAGGAGAGUCCCAGAUAUUUUUUAUUUCUUGGUUCUGUUUUGCAGAAUAAAUACCAUUAUUGUUCUUUUCA